UCCCUCGAUCCCACCACCCCCACCCCCCACCCCAAGGAGAUAAACACAGAAAAAAAGACAAGUUGGGAUGGAGAUGGUUGUAUCUGCAGUUGCAGGUGAUCUAGUUAAUCGAUUCAUGUCCUUCUUGAUCAACAAGUACCAAAAUAAAGAGAACUUAGAGGAGAAGAUGGAAAGGCUGCAAGAUCUCCUGAUUAGAGUUCAUAUGAUCGUCGAAGAGGCCGAGGCGCGAUACAUCACCAACUCAAAUAUGCUACUUCAGCUCAAGAAGCUUGUGGAGGUCAUGUACCGAGGAUACCAUGUCAUGGACACCGUCAAGUAUAGGAACCUUCACAACUCAAGGACUGAAAAGGAGAAAAGCAGCAGAUCAUCAACAUCUUACUGCAAGAUAAUCUUCCGCCAUUCAGUCCAACUGUGCUCCCAGUGAUAGGUGAUAGUAGAGUCGGUAAGAAAACUCUAAUUGCACAUGUGUGCAACAACGAGAAAGUCAGGUCACACUUCUCUUCUAUCUUGUACUUGAAUGGUGAAAACAUUGGAAGAAUGGAGCAUGAACCUUUCAUGACUGGGAGGUCCUUGGUUGUGGUUGAGUUUACUACAGAUAUCGAUGAUGAAAGUUGGCUGAAAUUUUAUUCAUCAGCAAAACAGAUGGGAAGAGGAAGCAAGAUCGUAAUCAUAAGUAGGAUUGCAAAGAUAUCGAGGUUCGGAACAGUAAAGCAUGUUCGUCUGAAUAGCUUGUCGCACGAGGAGUAUAGCUACCUCUUCAAGGUUCUCGCAUUUGGGAGCACAAACCCAGAGGAACACCCUCAAUUAGCAUCAGUAGCAAAAGAUCUAGCAGCAACACUGGAAGGAUCGCUCAUCACAGCUAACGUAUUCGCUGAUAUGCUGAGGAAGAAUCAGAAUGUUCACUUCUGGCUCAGCAUAUUGAAAAGGUACCGGAAUGUGGUGGAGAACAACAUUUCGGUGUUUGGCGAGCAUCCAAAAAAUCUUAUGGACAAAGAUCAUCCUAUCGUUAUAACUAGAUUUGUGUCAUUGUCGUCUUCAUCACAAUCAUCUACUACACUUCGCCUCAUGCCUCCUCAUAGCAAAAUCGACGAUUCCAAAAGGGAGUUGCCCAAGGUGAUGUUUGGAGAUCUGAUUGCUGGGUCAGCUGUUCAACUGGAGGAGUUUGAGUUAGUCGCGUGGGACUCUCGGAUACCCCCUUACAAACGGCUUGUUAACCUUGCUAAAUAUUGUGAUGAGGAGAAAAUCUCUCAGGAUCAUACAACAUCACCUAGCAGUAAGCGCCAACGGUUAGAUAAGUAACAUGAAAGCUACAAAUCUUAAUUGUUCCCUUUAGUAUGAGAUUAUACCAGUUGUCCUUGAAAUGUAGUCCGCCAAUGUAGCUUCGUAUGAGUCAUCAGAAAAGUCAAGAAAACAAGUCCUUGUAAUUUUGUGUUCAUUGUUCAAAGGAAGUAGUUUUCGGUGACACAAUUUUCUCUUCUCAAUUCAAGAUAACGAGCUUUGACGGUACAUCGGUCUUUUCUAGCCA